UAAAAUAGCAGUAAUAAUGUGAAGAAGGCGGCAUUCCUUCUCUUCUUCUUCUUCUACUUUCUUGUCUAGGUUUUGGUUUUGCUUUUUGGUGACGAAGUGAGGAUGAGAAAUUAAAAUCCAGUCGGUCGGCUACAACCACAGAUAUACUGCUAUAUAUAUAUAUGGGGGCAAAACAUGCUGCCGCCAAUUCUCUCCUGGCGCCCCCCUCCCCUCCCUUCCAAUAAACCCUAAGCUCCUCGAUCCUCCUCAAUUUUCGACAUGGCUUCUCCCGACGAAGCCGUGUCAGAUUCUGAUUCCGACGACGGGUUCAAGGCCGAUUUAGAUGCUCUCGGGAGAGCUUGCCGAUUAACCGGCAAAAACCCAGACGAUAAUCCGCUUCCGCAGUCGCGCCCCGGCGCCGGCCAUCUAUCCGAAAGUGGGGACUCCGAUGGGGACGAUUACGGUGCGGAUGACCUUCAAUUGGUGCGCAGUAUUCAGGAUCGCUUCGCAAUUGACGAAGAGUCUCUGUCCGCGAAACCUUUGUGUAUGUUGCCGGCUGAUUGGUCUGAUAGCGAUAAUUGUGAGGAUGAUUACGAGACCCUCCGAGCCAUCCAGCGUCGGUUUUCCGCGUAUAAUGACGAUACAGGGGGCUUGAAAGCCUAUGGGGAAGACAUUACUUUUAGUCCUGUGCAGGUGGGUGCUACUAUUAUAAGUUCAGAAAAGGAAAGUACCAAUAGAUUUGUCGAGAGAACUAAUGCUCGAGAAGGGUUUCUGAAUUGUGUAGAUGCAAGUGAACCUCCUGUCCAGAGUUCCAAAGCAUGUGAUGAUGCUGGCGGAAGACAAACUUCUGAUUUUGUUGAAUGUAAUGGACCAGUAACUGAUGACUUGGCUAAUUUGCCCAUUCAAACCUCUCACUUCCCAGAUUCUGCCUUGGUAUUUAUUGAUGCUAUCAAGAAAAAUAGAUCUUGUCAGAAACUUUUAAGGAGUAAGAUGCUGCAGCUGGAAGCUAGGGCUGAAGAACUCAAAAAGCUCAUCAAUCGGGUCAAAAUCCUGAAAGAUUUCCAGCUCGCUUGUAAGAGGAAGACCGGACGAGCCCUGUCACAAAAAAAGGAUCCUCGUGUGCAGUUAAUAUCUGUGCCAAAACUAAGGGCAACUAAGAAGUUUAAUGAGAAUAAAGUCCCUGCUGCUUAUAAGGGUCCUCCUGAGAAUAUACAUGUUACUGAUUAUAAGGAGACAUUGGAAAGGUUUGCCGUCUCUGUUAAUCUGGAGAAAUGGUCAAAGGAAGAUAGAGAAAAACUUUUGAAGGGAGUGAAACAACAGUAUCAAGGAAUGUUGCUGCAGCAAUCUGUUGAUGGACUUAGUGAUGCAGAUGGAUCAUAUGGUUCUAGUAAUGUUGAUAGCAUCAUGGGAUCCAUUAAAGACCUCGAUGUAACACCAGAGAAAAUACGAUCAUUUUUGCCUGAGGUCAAUUGGAAUCAACUGGCUUCUAUGUAUGUCCCUUCCCAUUCUGGUGCUGAAUGCCAAGCAAGGUUUCUGAACUUUGAGGACCCUUUAAUCAAUCAUAACCCAUGGACUACAAUGGAGGACAAGAAUCUUUUGCAUAUUGUACAACAGAAGGGAGUAAGUAAUUGGUUAGAUAUUGCUGCAUCACUGGGGACAAAUAGAACACCGUUUCAGUGUCUAGCACGCUAUCAAAGGAGUCUUAACGCUUCUAUACUCAAAAGAGAAUGGACAAAAGAGGAAGACGACCAACUUCGAGCUGCCGUGGAAACUUUUGGUGAGAGUAAUUGGCAACUUGUUGCAUCUGUGCUGGAAGGACGAGCUGGUACCCAAUGCUCUAAUAGAUGGUUGAAAACUCUUCAUCCAGCAAGAAGAAGAGUUGGAAAAUGGACUGAAGAGGAAGACAAACGCUUGAAAGUUGCUGUAACACUAUUUGGUGCAAAAACAUGGAAAAAAGUAGCUAGUUGUGUUCCAGGUCGAACACAUGUGCAGUGCAGAGAAAGAUGGGUAAAUUGCUUGAAUCCUUCCCUAAACACAGCUGAAUGGUCGGAAGAAGAAGAUUAUAAACUGGAAGUAGCCAUUAAAGAGCAUGGAUACUGUUGGUCCAAGGUUGCUGGUUAUAUUCCUCAUCGAACAGAUAAUCAGUGUUGGAGGAGAUGGAAGGUAUUAUUUCCAAAUGAAGUACCCCGCCUUCAAGAAGAUAGAAAAAUACAAAGGGCUGCAUUAAUAUCAAACUUUGUUGAUAGGGAGUCUGAAAAACCUUCCCUUGGACCCAAUGACUUUGUAUUGCCAAAGCAAGAAUGUAUAACUGGAUCUGAAAUUGUUGGUUCUUCCACAACGCAAAAGAGAGGAUCAAGGCGAAGGAAGGCAGGUGAACUUGUUGUAGUACACACCCCUUCCAGUAAGAUGUGUUCGGGAGAUAUUCCAUGUUUAACAAAUGAUUGUCUGGUUGAAAAUGUGCAACAUAGACCAAGAUGCACCAAUAGGAGAAGAAGGGGUGAACAAACACUUGCAAUUGAAAAACAUAGCUCAACAAGCAAGCUGUCUCCAUCUCCUUCUCCAGAUACAGUGUUAACUGUUGCAUCCAGAUGUGAAGAUGUGGGAUCAUGUGUAAAAUCCAAAUCACUAUAUGUUGACGACCAUGCACCCAGCGCAGCUGAUGAAGGGCAUAUGGGGGCGAUUGAUCAGCAGGUGGUGGACCAUGAAUUGCUUGGUGGAAUGGAAGAAUAUUCACUAGAAUCAUUUGUCAAUCUGCAUCCGGAUGCAGAAGCUGUGGGUGGUGGGCCUGCUACCAGUAAAAGUUACAAGGCUUCCAAGCUGCAGCCGAGGAGGCGAAAUUGUAGAACCCUAGAGGAAGGGCCACCGGAAGUGCGUGCACAAAGCGGAGAUGGAGCCAUGUCAAAGACCAGAAAGAGGAGCGGGAAGAGGUCUGAUCUUACAAAUGAUCAGAGUUCACAUUUCCCAAACACGACCUCAACCUCACCGAUGAGUGUUGGUGAAGAGGUGGGAGUCGAUUGUGGAGCUAAAGGUAGGAAAAGGAGGCGGAAGUGUGAAGAAAUAUGUUCCAGUAUUGAUUGUGCAUCUCUGGCUGUUGAUGGCCAAAAUGCGAUUGCGACAGCAGCAGCAGCAGUUGAUGGAGAUGAACCAUCUUUAUGCCAGAGUGCAGUAGUCGUGUGGGGUGAUAUGGAGGAUCUUAGUGUGUAUUCUUCUGACAGGGAAAAUGAUAUAAUAAGGCUGUCUGAGACUGGAGAUAGCAAUGCAGCCCCCGCCCCCGCCCCAGCCCCAGCCCCAGCCUCACUACUUGUAGUACAAGGAGGAGGAGGAGGAGCAGAUGGAGCGCGAAGGAAUGGUGAUCCUGGUAAAUUGGUGGGGAAUUCUCACCAGGCACCGAGCAGCUCUGCUGGUGCAGUUAUACCUGAAAAGCGAAGAGGUAGAAAUGGCAGCAGCAGCAGCAGCAGUAGCAGUAGUUCCGGAAAUGGGCGGUUGGAGGAGGAGGAGGAGGAGGAUACAACUCUGGCUGCUCUAUACCAAAAGCUGAAGAAAAGGAAAUUCAGGACCAGAGCAGAGCACAAGCACAGCACAGCAAAGGAGAGGUCCCUCCCCCCUCCCAAAAACUCAAAAACAAUAGCAAUAGCAAAUAGCAAUACAUAGUCCUAUUUUUGCAGAAGAGAGGCAGAGAGAGAGAGAGAGAGGGAGAGAAAGAGGCGUGGAUGGGAUUGGGACUGGUGGGGCACGAGGAAUGGAUAUGAACGGACGGAUCCGCUUACUUUUUAAUCUAUAUCUGUGCCCUCUCAAAAUUAGGGUUGGGUUUGCAGGGAAUUCUCGUUUCUUUGGUCCAUUCCAGUUAUAUGAUAUUUUAUUUUAUUGUUUAA